CACCGACUCGUCCGUGCCAUCCACCUGUCUGCUACCACCACGACCUCUAGGUGCUCGACCGCAUUUUGUAGAUUUGAGCUGGCUGCUGCUAUGUCUCGUAGACUCGGAGGUCCUAGCCGCCACUGCGACGUGAACUCGUUGCUCACAAACACACAAGCUCUAGUGGACGAACUAGCAACUCUGAGAGCAAGGAAUACCUUUCUCGAGACUAGACAUGACAUCAUACAAGCACUGGGUGCCACAUUGCAAGAAAGUAACACUGAACUUGAAGAGGAGGUCGCGAGACUUCAGCAAGAACUGGAUGCCACACGGCGGACUCUUCAAGCCUCGACUGCGGUUAAGAAACGGGAAGAGAAGAGUGCUUGGGUAACCGGUUCAUCCACUUACAAAGAAAUCGAAGAGGAAUUGAAGGAUGCGACGUAUCGAGAGACAGAUGACAGUUCUCCGUUUGACAACUUGGAUGACUUCGAUAUGAAACUGUUUCUCAACAGUGGAUUACUGCGUGAUCGCCUAGCCGCAAACGAGACAUCAUGGCCACCCAGCAGCUUUGAUUCGUACAAUAUCCUGAUGAAACUUUCGUACGGAAUCUGGCUUGCGCGCAACAUCGUAUCUGCUGAUUUCUGUAACAGCAAUGAUCCAGCUUGGAUCAGUGCUUCGUAUUUCGACCAACAACCCAGCAUCUGCUGCCCUUCGGUUGACAAAUGCUUACAUUUGGAGUACGUUGACAGCGACGGCAUCAAUGAUCAGCCUUCUAUUGUGUGUGGCAAUAUCAGCGACGUAUACCUUGUCAAAGAUGAUGGCACAUGGGUUUAUUGUGGUGUCCACCAGUGUGUAGGUGUAUCAUACCUGCGCUACAGGGAUCUCUGGUUCCUCCAGCAGCAAUGGCCCCAUUUCGUUGCGAACAUAAUGCCGGACAUUACCAGUGCAUUGCCCGACCGUGACUCUCAAAACCCCGAGCACUUAGAGGAAAUCGUAUUGACUGACAGCGAACGGUGUGUUGUUGCCUGCUGCGGGCUGGUCAAAAUCGGAUAUAAUGUCAACGUUGAGCGUGCUUUGCGUGCACGUAGCCAAGAAUCUGGUGCUAAUGCACUCAAGCGCGAGACGGCUGCGAAGAAAAGCAGAAGCCGCAAGAAGCAAAAACGAUCCUCCACGCACCACAAGGGGCGAACUUGAUGCACCAGAGCGCACGCAACGGCCCAUACAAAAUGCUGUCUUUUCUGCUUCAUUCACUUCGUACACCCACUCUCGCCUUCAUCCCCGCAAUGCUAUCUUCAUGCUUUGUUCACUGUCUGUUUCGUGCACUUACUCUAUGACUUUUGCUAUCGAGCUGUUGAAUCACGUCGUACCACACUGUAUACUUAUCGCCGCGUACCUGUGAUGUACCUACUGCACCAAAACUACAUCGCUAUCGCCCCUACAUGCCCAUUGAUACU